AUGCUUGUUGUUCGCACCAUCAGUUCUUGGCUCAUGGAGUUAGAUCUGUCCUUCCAGCUUGUCACAGGCCCCGCCGAGGGCGACACCGAGAGUUCGCUCAGAGAAAGCAAGAAAGCAGAAGAGUUUGUGUCCACAAGAUCCACAGAGUCCUCGGACUCAGAGAAGCUGGAAGAGGAGGUCGAGACCGGCUCCGAGGUGGAGGAGGCUGGCAUCUGUGACGCCGUCGAGAUCGACGGCUCCGAUCUCGAUGACCCGCAGGAGGUCCCCUCGGCAGCGACCGUCUCGUUCUCGAGCUUGCUCUACACGCACAAGAUGCAUGCCCUGGCAAGCAUGAACAAAAACCACUCCAGGGCUGCCUUCUAUCGCGACUACGUGCAGAAAGGCUUGAGAGCGCUGAGACCGGAGAUGCGAGUUGCUUCUGCGCCGGACCUCGGGGCCCUUGAACGACCUCCAGGAUGA